AUGUCUUUUGCAUUCGACACUACUUACCUGGCCAGUCCAGGCAACGACAUCCUCGCAGACUUGAAGUCUGACGAUAUUUCUCGUACUCCCAUGCCUGCCCUUCCCUCUCCCAUUACUCCACGAAGGAUAAGGGUCACAGCCGUGAUCAAUACGUGCUCGGACGGCAGCAACUCCACGACGUAUAAUGUUGAAGAGGUUCCUCGUGCUGCUGAGCGGGUUAUGAAGGCGAUCUCGCCUCCGCUCCUUGGCUGCCGUCGAAGCCGCAGUCGCUCGCAGUCGUCUAUCCGCAGCGACGAAUUAUCCCCUCGCACUCCAUCGCCUUCUAUCUUCGGGUCAUUGACCUCGCUGUCGCCGUUCACUCCGUUUGGCGCGCCUCGUAUUGGGUGUCUGCCGUCCUCAGCGCUGGAAGACGGCCGGGUCGCGUUCCCGGACCCCGAGUGGGCAGCGUACGACUCGGACUCGUCUUCCGGCAGAGCGUUGCACUGCACAAACGCGUUGCGCUUCGAACCUUUUGCAGAUGAGGAGGAACCCCAUUAUUACCUUCCAACGAACCUCUUCUCGCCGGAACUGGAGAUGAGCGAGGCUGAGUUCAAGGAGUCAGUAUUCCUGUGGAUCGAGAGGAGGAAGAACAGGAAGGCUUACAAGGGCACUGAGGACGCUCGUCGAUGA